AAUUCAUAUCCAAAAACAUUACUAACCAUGGCUUCUCUUCAAGCUUCGUGCACCGUUCUCUCCACCCAUCCCCGCUCCCAUUCCUCCUCCUCAAGUCAGCCACUCUCCGCAAGGCCAUCACAUUUGUUCACCCUCUCAAGGUGGAGUCACCGCUUUCAAGUGUCAUGCGAUGCCAAGAAAAAUGUCGAAACUUCCCAAGGGAAGAUCGAUAGGAGAAAUAUGCUUCUGGGGCUAGGGGGAAUGUAUGGUGCAGCCAACCUUGUGGCAAAUCCUUCGGCCUAUGCCGACCCGGUACAAGCUCCAGACUUCACCAAGUGCGGCGAUGCCCAUGACGCUCAGACUGGCGCUGCUCUAGAUGUUAAAUGUUGCCCCCCACUUGCCGACAAGAUCAUCGAUUACAAGCUUCCACCGUUUCAGAUGAUGCGCAUUAGGCCGGCUGCUCAUAGGGCCAGCAAAGAACAAGUGGCCAAGUACGAAGAAGCCAUUAGGCGCAUGAGGGAGCUUGAUACAACCGAUCCGCAAGAUCCACGUGGCUUCAUGCAGCAAGCCAAUAUUCAUUGUGCCUAUUGCAAUGGAGCCCAUGACCAAGUCGGGUUCAACAAUCUUGACCUCCAAGUUCACAACUCUUGGCUUUUCUUUCCUUUCCACAGGUGGUACCUGUAUUUCUAUGAAAGAAUAUUGGGCAAACUGAUUAAUGACCCAACUUUUGCUCUCCCAUUCUGGAACUGGGACAAUCCUAAGGGCAUGACAUUGCCUCCCAUUUUCGAUAAAACCGACUCACCUCUAUAUGAUGCAAAUCGGGAUCCAAACAAUAGGGGCUCCUCUGUUGUCGAUCUUACAAUCACCCGCAGCAAAGACAACCUACAGUUGGUGGCCAACAACCUCACAGCCAUAUAUAGUGAAAUGAUUCGCAGCGUCAGCACCGCAACUGAUUUCAUGGGAAAACCUUACUGUGCUGGAACCAACCCAAAUCCAGGGCCUGGCUCAUCAGAAAAUGGUUCUCACACUGGCGUACACUGGUGGGUUGGAACCAAGGAUACAUCGGGCCCCAAUAAACUUAAUGAGGACAUGGGCAACUUUUACUCAGCGGGUCGAGACCCAGCUUUCUAUUGUCACCAUUCGAAUGUUGAUCGAAUGUGGACUAUAUGGCGAGAUGUUUUGAAAACAGAUGUCCCUAAGGACAUCACUUCAACAAAUUACUUGAAUGCUGAGUUUCUAUUCUAUGAUGAAAAUAAACAGCUUGUGCGUGUCAAAGCUGGCGACUGUUAUGACCAAAGAAAACUGGGAUAUGAUUAUGACAGAAUUGAUCUUCCCUGGCUAAACUACAGGCCACCGAAGAAGGCAACCAAGGCUAAAGUUUCGAACAUUUCUGAUGCUAAGACUGCAGCAAGUGUGUUACCUGUAAACCUGAAAGAGACUGUGAGAGUUAUUGUCCCUAAAUCUGCGAAGGGAAAAGUUGACGAGCAACUGAUGCUUGAAAAUAUAGAGACAGACAGUACAAAAUUCAUCAAGUUCGAUGUGUUCAUCAAUGAUGAAGAUGACAAGAUUGAAGAGUUGGACAGGGCUGAAUAUGCAGGAUCUUUCGCACAACUCCCACACAAAACUAAAAACAAGCAGGGCAAGUCUAGUAUUUCAUUGAGAUUGACAUCCGUGUAUGAAGACAUUGAUGUUGCUGAUGAUGACACUGUUGUGGUGACAAUUGUGCCAAGAUCCAAUGGCGAAUAUGUCACCAUUGGUGGUAUCAAGAUCGUCCCGGUGCCUCCACGAUCUAGCUAAAUGGGUCUUCCGUUGAAAUGAAUAAGGUUAAGCACUUUUCUUGUGUGCUUAUGUUUGUGGUAAUUCACUGGUUUGAGUUUAUGUACGAAUAAGAUUUUCUCCUUGUAUUUCGUGGUGGAUUUGGCAGGGCAGUUUGGUCCUGUAACUUGACGUGCAACUAUUUUCUAUAAAUGUCAAUUUGUUA